UCUCCCCCACCGUGGGGCCGUGCGUCCCGGCUAGAGGGCGGGCAGGGAAUAAAGGGCGGGACAGAGGACACCGAGCGGCGAGCACUGGGCGGUGGGGCCGGGAUCUGCACCCACCUCCGAGCCAGCGCCCGGGCGGCCGAGCAGGACCAGGCAUUGAGUCCCUUGCUACAUCAAAUACUCUCCCUGGCCAUCCUCCAGAUCCCAGGAAACAAAAAGCCAGAGUGUGUCCCCCACUUUCCAACAUGGACAGCCUGCAAUGAAGGCAGGAGCCAGCUGAGUGCACCCAACCUUCUCCUGAAGAUUCAGAAUUAGCCAGAAGACAAUCUCCCUCUUCCCAUCAGAAUUUCUCAGAGACUGUUCUGCCAUGACCACUGCACGCUACCGGCCCACCUGGGACCUCGCCCUCGACCCACUGGUGUCCUGCAAGCUCUGUCUCGGGGAGUACCCGGUGGAGCAGAUGACGACUAUUGCCCAGUGCCAGUGCAUCUUCUGUACUCUGUGCCUGAAACAGUAUGUCGAACUCUUGAUCAAAGAAGGAUUAGAGACGGCAAUUAGCUGUCCUGAUGCUGCCUGCCCCAAGCAGGGUCACCUGCAGGAAAAUGAGAUUGAAUGCAUGGUUGCAGCUGAAAUUAUGCAAAGAUAUAAAAAACUACAAUUUGAAAGAGAGGUGCUCCUGGACCCCUGUCGGACUUGGUGCCCUGCAUCUGCCUGUCAGGCUGUUUGCCAGCUGCAAGAACUUGGGCCACAGACCCCUCAGUUGGUGCAAUGCAAAGCCUGUGACACGGAAUUCUGCUCUGCCUGCAAAGCAAGCUGGCACCCUGGCCAAGGAUGUCCAGAGACUAUGCCCAUUUCCUUCUUGCCCGGGGAGACCAGCUCUUCCUUUAAGCUGGAGGAGGAUGAUGCACCCAUCAAGCGUUGCCCCCAAUGUCGGGUUUAUAUCGAGAGAGACGAGGGCUGUGCACAGAUGAUGUGCAGGAGCUGCAAGCAUGCCUUCUGCUGGUAUUGCCUCGAAUCUCUAGACGAUGAUUUCCUCUUGAUCCAUUAUGACAAAGGUCCCUGCCGGAACAAGCUGGGUCACUCCCGAGCAUCUGUGAUCUGGCAUAGGACACAGGUCGUGGGAAUUUUUGCUGGAUUCGGGCUCCUGCUCUUGGUGGCCUCACCUUUCCUGCUCCUGGCCACUCCCUUUGUACUUUGCUGCAAAUGCAAGUGCAGUAAAGGUGAUGAUGACCCAUUACCCACCUAGAAUCAGGCAUGAUGCUGGAACAAGACCCCUGUUUCUGGGAAGCGUGGCUCACCCCCACCCCACCCCACUGUCUCUCUCACUAAACAUCUUUCUUGCCUUAUGUGCCCCAUUGAGCUUCACAGUGUCACGCCAGAUGUCGUGAUUUCAGGGACUGAUGUCAGAACAUUUGUCAAGGCUCCCAGUGCAGUCCACAAGUCAUGGGGAAGGCAAGCUGGUGUGGGUAGGGCAUUUCCC